AUGCGCCAAAAAUGCAUUAUAUCAUAUCUCUCCUCGGGGAAUCCCUGCCUAGACUUCUUCUUCCACGUUGUUCCGGACACUCCUAAGGAGUCUCUAGAGCAAAGACUCCACGCCGCUUGGAAUCAUGACGCGUUAACAACUCUCAAGCUUAUAUGUAACCUUCGUGGAGUCCGUGGUACUGGAAAAUCUGACAAGGAAGGGUUUUACACGGCUGCGUUAUGGCUCCAUGGUUACCAUCCCAAUAACCUAGCUUGCAAUCUCGAGUCCCUCUCAAACUUUGGCUACUUUAAGGAUUUUCCCGAGCUUCUUUAUCGGAUUCUACAAGGUUCUGAGAGCCGUAGGAUCCAAUUCCAGAGGAAAAGAGGAUUAUCUAGAGGUAGAGGAAGAGCUCGUGACACCUCAAGAUUCUCCUCUCGUAUAUUUGGAAUUGGUGGUCGUGGUGGUCGUUUUACGAGGCAAGCAGCUAUAAGGGCUCUAAGGGCUCCUACAAGAGAGCAAAGGAUAGCAAACACAGAGAAGAUAAAUCAAGCGGAGAAAGCAAAAGCAUCUUUAUAUCGAAAGAUUGAGAAGAUAUCAUUGGGAAAGAAAUCUUUCACAAGAUAUUCACAAGAUUAA